AUGUCGGUCAUCUACAAGAGAAGUGAGCGCGAUCGCGAGUGGGAGACGACGUCGUCGCGCGCAGGAGGAGGCUCAGGCGCUGGCUAUACCACCGUCAGGCGCUACAAAGUCCCCGAUCACAGUCUCGAGGAAGACACGUACGAAUCCGAGAUGCGCCUCGUCCACCGCGGCCGUGACGACUUUGACGAGCGCCGCUCAGUCAAGGAGUACGCCGUCGAGCGAGACACACAGCCUGUGCGUGAAGUGAGGCACUACCGUUACGCCGAGCGCGAACCAUCGCCGGUACGCUCCGAGUAUCGCAUCCAGCGUGAAUACGAGCGCGAGUACGAGCGUGAGCCAUCACCGGCACGCACCGAGAUUCGCAUCUCGCGAGACUACGAGCGCGACCACGAAAUCUUUCCGAGGGAGCACCAACCUUACGAACUUGAAAAGUACUCUAGAUCCACUGAGUACUUCCGCCCCGAACCCCAGCCUCAGCCCCAAGCCCCUCCCCAGUCCAUCUACAUUCGCAAUGAAGCCCCUCAGCCCAUGCAGAUGCAGAUGCAGCCUAUCAUCAUCCGGGAGGAGGCCCCUCAACCUAUCAUUAUCCGCGAGCGCAUUACAGAGCCCGCAUAUGAGUUGGUCGAGCGUACUGAAGAAGAUAGACAGGUUGCCCGGCCCGCUCGCCAAGAGGAAGACUACUAUUACGAACGCCGUGUCAAGGAAGUCGACCGCGGCCGUUAUGAUGACCGUUACGAAGACCGCUGGGGUGAUAGGGCUUACUACAGCGACGAUGACAUCUAUAUCCAUAAGGAAAAGGAUACAUGGGGAGGAAGCGAGACCCACACCAAACGUGACGUCGCUGCAGGCGCACUUGCUGGGGUUGCUGCAGGCCAGAUCAUUAGGCAUCAUCGCAAGAGGAAAGGUGAAGCCGCUGGAGGCAGUAUCGGAAAUGCCCUUGGCUACGGGACCCUGGGUGCUGUGAGCGCUGUGGCUCUUGACAGGUUCAAUAACCGUUCUAGGUCUCGGUCCAUGUCUUCAGAGCGGGGUAGGGGCGGUCGACGCACAAAGUCCCGCCAUCGCAGCAAGUCGAGGGUAAAGGAGCUAGGUACGCUUGCCGCCAUCGCAGGUGUUGGAGCUCUAGCCUACGCUGCAGGUCAGAGGAACAAAAAGGGCAAAGAAGAGACAGUCACAAUCAUAGAAGAUCGUCACCACCACCACCAUCACCGAAGCAAGUCACGGCACCGGAGCAAGUCGCACUCUAGAAGGAGCCGAAGGAGAUCAAGGUCCGUUGUCGGAUCUGAUAGGGGUAGGUCUCGUAGUACGAGCAAGCACCUAGACCCCAAGCAUCGCAACGACCGAGCAGCACAGGUUGGACUCGCCAGUGCUGCUGUCGCUGGUCUUGUUGAACGCCGACGCAGCAAGUCUCGAAAGCGAGAGGGCAAACGCUCGCCCAGCAAGGCCCGACAAGGCGUACCGAUCGCUGCUGCUGGUCUCACUGGCGCAGCGGUUACUGGCCUGUAUGAGAAACACAAGGCUAAGAAGGAAGCUAGGGCGGCAUCGCGGUCCAAAUCAAGGUCGCGCUCAAGAACGAGGUCAGUGAUCUCCCGCCUUACCGGGCGCAGCCGUAGCAGGCGUGGAAGUACAGUGAGUGAACCAGUCUUAGUAGAGUAUGGCGGUGAUCCGAUAUACACCGACCAUCCGUCUAGAAGUCGGAGCCGAAGCCGAAGCCGCGAUCGGAGCCGUUCGCACCGUAGUCGACGACGACGAAGCUCUUCUUCUUCUUCGGGGGGUCGACGCGGCAGUCGGAGCCGAAGCCGGAGCAAGAGCCGGGCAAGAACUGUCGCAGAAACGGCGGCGGUAGCUGGCGUUGCUGGCUUAGCUGCACAUGAGGCAGCGAAAAGAAGAGACCGUAAGAAGGCCGAAAAGGAAGCCGAACGACGACGCGAAGAGGACACAGCCUAUUCCACUAGCACCUACAGCCCCUACGAUAGCCCUACGUCGUCCACUGCCCACCCCGACGACUCUCGCUACUUUCCCGAGACAAACUACUUUCCCCCUCCGCCCAGCGCGCCAGUAGAUCAUAACCCUAAUAACCCCUACCCACCUUAUAACCCAGCAGACUAUCCUCCGGGCCCGCAAAGCACAUACGAGCCCAACCAUCCCUCACAAUUCGUCAAUCCGCCACACAACGAUUUGCACCCUGGAAACCCAUAUGCGCCUCCACAACAGCAACAGGACUUUUACUAUGGCCAGCCGCGACACCCGGAUGAUAAUGUGAGUGCUCCAGUCCCUGAUCAUGGCGCUAAAGAGCACUACAAUACUGCGCGUGGUCCGCCGGUAGUCGAGAAGUCACGUAGUUCCAGCAAGUCCCGAGGCUCCAGCUCAGCUCCCGAGGAAGAGAAGAGUGUCAAGUUCGAUCUGAACCCACAAGAGGAACCCGCACGCGAGUCUACUCCUGAGAGUGACCAUGAAGACCGAGACAAUCACGAGAAUAGCCGAUCCAGACGUCGCAGUAAUGACGAUCGCUCUGACAUGUCAAACGAGUCUGGCAGGGAGCGAAAAAGACACCAUCGGGACGAGUCCCCUGGCUCGGAUGCGUCGGAUGCUACUAUUGAACUUCCACCUCGUUUCGAUGAGCGGGGACGCGAGAGGGAUGUGGAUCCAUUGGCGGACAACUUGGAACGCGUCUUACAAAGCAUAUUCCGAUAA